AUUUUUCAUUCAAAUAUGCCCUUGUUAUGUCUAUUCCAACUUCCAACAAAAGUUUUUUGUGGGAAUCAGGUAAGAUAUCCGGAUCGAAUAACACUAAUUAGGGGAAAUCACGAGAGCCGACAAAUCACUCAGGUUUAUGGAUUCUACGAUGAGUGCCUUAGGAAGUAUGGAUCUGCCAAUGUUUGGAGAUAUUGCACAGAUAUAUUUGAUUACUUAAGUCUUUCAGCUUUAAUUGAGAACAAGAUAUUUUCCGUUCAUGGAGGUCUAUCUCCGUCUAUUUCCACAUUAGACCAGAUACGCACCAUCUUUAGAAAGCAAGAAGUACCCCAUGAUGGUGCCAUGUGUGAGCUACUAUGGUCUGAUCCAGAAGAUACUGUUGAUGGUUGGGGUUUGAGUCCUCGUGGUGCUGGUUUUCUCUUUGGUGGCAGUGUUGUUAAUGCUUUUAAUCGCACAAAUAACAUUGACUACAUAUGCCGUGCCCAUCAAUUGGUCAUGGAAGGUUAUAAAUGGAUGUUCAAUAACCAGAUAGUUACCGUCUGGUCAGCUCCAAAUUACUGCUAUAGAUGUGGUAACGUAGCCGCCAUUCUUGAGCUUGAUGAGAAUCUUAAUAAGAAAUUCCGUGUUUUUGAAGCAGCACCACAGGAAUCAAGAGGAGCUCCUGCCAGAAAGCCACCACCUGAUUAUUUUCUAUGAGAAUAAUUUAUUGAAGAGGUGCCAAUUCUCGGCUUAAUGACUAUAUAAACUCUACGUCCAAAUAUGACGGUGAUACUUGAAGACUUAUAAAUGUACACUCUCGCCAAGGGGCAUUCUUGAGAUAGGCUGAAUGGUAGAAACCAUUUUUUUAUCUUUAUAAUUAGUGUAUAUGUGUAGAGAAUGCUUCUUCAUUGACCCCUGACUGAUAUGUUCUUAUCUUCUUCCUUUAAAUCUUUUACUUGUAGUUGUAGUCUGUGCCUAGGUAGCAAUUUGUUUGUUACAGAUCGGGUGUAGCAAAUUUUGACCUGUAACCAGGCUCUUUGAAUUAUGUAUUCCGUAUAGAUCCAGCAGUCAGGGCUAUAUUACUGUUUUGUUCAGCUAUUCUUUUUUUGGAAGUCAGGAUAUGAACAAUUAAGGCGGUUUUAUUUAA